GUGAAAGUGAACCGCGUAAAAGCAGAACUUAGACAUUCCUGCCAAAAGGAAGUGGAUUGAAAGGAAGAGAAGCAGAGCUUCUGUGAAGAGAAAAUUGUCCUAUCUCUUCGCCAGUGUCAGAAUGUGGAAAUGUUUACAAAAUGCUCAUUAAAAGAAAAAAGGAUCGCAAGAUAGAAACAAAAUCUGGUGCACAAGUUUACACUGGGGAGAUAAGAAAGGCUAGGCCCCUAUAGGGGAUUUUGUUAUCCAAUUACUGCAACCUGACUUUUGAGGGGAGAGGAAGAGUGCUAGGGGGAGGGAGAGAGAGGGGAAGAGUUUCCAAACUUGUCUCCAGUGACACGAGACAUUAACGCGCUACAAGAUAAAACUGCCACUUAGAGCCCAGGAGAGCUAAACCUUCCCGGGUUGGCCUGGGGGCUUGAGCAGAGUCAUGGGUUCUCUGGCCCUGCAACUGUGCGCUCUCGUCUGCCUGGUGGUUCACUCAGUUUCCGGCAGCCCCAUCAUGAGUCUGGAGCAGUCACCUCUGGAAGAAGAUAUGCCCCUCUUCGAUGAUGUCUUCUCAGAGCAAGAUGGUGUCGACUUUAACACAUUGCUGCAAAGCAUGAAGAAUGAAUUCCUCAAGACACUGAACCUCUCCGACAUCCCUUCGCAGGAUUCAGCCAAGGUUGACCCACCAGAGUACAUGCUGGAGCUCUACAACAAGUUUGCAACAGAUCGGACCUCCAUGCCAUCUGCCAACAUCAUUAGGAGCUUCAAAAAUGAAGAUCUGUUUUCCCAGCCAGCCAGUUUUAAUGGGCUCCGAAAAUACCCUCUCCUCUUCAAUGUGUCCAUUCCUCACCAUGAAGAGGUUAUCAUGGCUGAACUGAGGUUGUACACGCUGGUGCAAAGAGAUCGCAUGAUCUAUGAUGGAGUAGACCGAAAAAUUACCAUUUUUGAGGUACUAGAGAGCAGAGGGGACAGUGAGGGUGAAAGAAGCAUGCUGGUCUUGGUGUCAGGGGAGAUCUAUGGAACCAACAGUGAGUGGGAGACUUUUGAUGUCACUGAGGCCAUUAGACGUUGGCAAAAGUCAGGUUCAUCCACCCACCAGCUGGAGGUCCACAUUGAGAGUAGACACGACGGAGUUGAGGAUGCUGGCAGGGGACAACUGGAAAUAGACACCAGUGCCAGGAAUAAGCAUGACCCUUUGCUUGUCGUGUUUUCUGAUGACCAAAGCAGCGAGAAGGAGCGGACAGAAGAACUGAAUGAAAUGAUUGCCCAUGAGCAACUUCUGGAGUUUGACAACUUGGGCAUGGACAGUUAUUCCAGCGGACCUGGAGAAGAAGCUUUGCUGCAAAUGAGGUCAAACAUCAUCUAUGACUCCACUGCCCGCAUCAGAAGGAAUGCUAAAGGAAACUACUGCAAGAGGACCCCGCUCUACAUCGAUUUCAAAGAGAUUGGCUGGGACUCUUGGAUCAUCGCCCCACCUGGAUAUGAAGCCUACGAAUGCCGUGGGGUUUGCAACUACCCCCUUGCAGAGCAUCUCACACCCACAAAGCAUGCGAUUAUCCAGGCCCUGGUCCACCUCAAGAAUUCCCAAAAGGCUUCCAAAGCCUGCUGUGUGCCCACCAAGCUAGAGCCCAUCUCCAUCCUCUACUUAGACAAAGGCGUGGUCACCUACAAGUUCAAAUAUGAAGGCAUGGCAGUCUCUGAAUGUGGCUGUAGAUAGAAGAGGAGUCCUGUGCUAAUUUAAUAACUGUAAAUGUGUAUAUUUUGUGUUCCUAUUUAAUGAGAUUAUUUAAUAAGAGUGUACAGAUGAUAGAGGCUUGCUGCCUUAGGGAAAUGGGCAGGUCAGUUUGUUGUAGGAAAUGCAUGUUUUGCUAAUACAAUAUCAUCCCUUCCAAUAUGUUUUUCUUUGGACUUGCCAUUUCUUGUCAAUGCCAUUUCCAAUAGCAAGUGGCAAGCCACACUAAUUGUCCUCUAUGUCAAUUUGAAAACAACAGGCCCUAAGCAGAAAUAGAGUGUCAGUGAUAGAUACUUGUGUAUGUAUAUGUGUACAGAGAUAAACUUACAAAAUUCUCCUGGUUCUAUAGAGGUAGAUUAUACUCCCUCAUAUGCAUGACUCAAUCAAAUGUGUAUAUAUUAAAAACUGAUGGUAUAUUCUCAGUCAACUCUUCUCUGAGUAGGAUUUAUGUCAAGAUAAUUUGCACCAGGAAUUUGACCAUCCUAUGAAGUAUGACAUUUCCUAAAUACUAUUGGAAAUGUAGGUGUAGCUUUUUUUUUUUUAACUUUUUUAAAGUUUAUUUAUUUAUUUUGAGAGAGAUAGAGACAGUGUGAGUAAGGGAGGGGCAGAGAGAGAUAGAGGGAGAGAGAGAGAGAGAGAGAGAGAGAGAGAAUCCCAAGUAGGCUCUGCAUGAUCAGCACACAGCCCGAUGUGGGGCGCGAACUCACAAAACUGCGAGAUUAUGACCUAAGCUGAAACCAAGAGUCAGAGGCUUAACUGACUGAACCACCCAGGCGCCCGGAAAUGUAGAUUAGCUUUUAUCAGUUGAGUUUGUGCCAUUGCUCAGGGCAACAGGACCAGGUAAAGGGUGCUGCCUGUUUAAGGAGAGGGGUUAUCUGAUACAGAAAUCAAAGGGCUUCAAGAGGCAGUGGCCUUAAGCUACAUUACCAAAGAAUGAGUCCCUGGAACACCACUGCGCUCUAGAGGGCAGCGCCUGGUCAAGAAAAAAAAAAAAAGAAAGAAAAAACAAACAGAAGGAACUUCAGGAUGUUCCUGAGAUAACAGGACAGCAAGGCCAUGUGUGUUGGCCUUUACUGCUGCAGAGGGUAGAGGAGGUGGGACGGUGCUCGCAGGAGAAGAGAGAAAAGGAUAUAGAUGCUAACCUAGGAUGUGUUUGUAAAAUUAUAAGCAGUUUUAACUGGAGAUUUAAAUCUUUUGGACAAAAUAAAAUUACCCAAGACCAAGAGGAGGAAAAUCAGAAGGGAUCUGUUUGUUGGACUCUUCUUAAUAUUUUUCUUUAAUUCUUACUAUUUCUCCCUUGCCUCUGCACCCCUGCUUUUGCUUCUUUCCACCCGUCUCCUUCCUUCUUUCUUUUCUUGCCCCAGCGUCUCAUAUCCUUCUGUCAUUUUUGUUUCUCCUGUCUUCAUUGGCCUUUAUUGCCCUUGCUGUGGGGUUGGGAGGGAACACCUGAAAGCAUUUGCUGUCAGGGUGAGUGGGGUUAGUGCUCUAAUUUCUAGAUUUCCUCCCAAGAUUUAAUUUGACUUUAUUCUAAUAAGUAUUCUUUAUGAAAGGUUUUGUUCAUGAAGAAUACUUUAGUAUAAGAAAAAGAAAACCAGGGUCCAAACAGAUACAUCUAAAUAAAUGGAUCCAUAAAGAGACACACAAGCUAAUGACUCAAGAGCUAAGCCUCAAUUCUGAAAUCAGGUUUGCCCCCUGGUAGGCUUCCCAACUCUCCCAUGCUGCAGUCUCCCAGUUUGGAACUGGCCAGGACUAAGGUAAUGGGGAAGUGUUCCUGAUACAGAUGGUCCAAUGGGCUUAACAGCAGUUGGCUACAUGGAGGGACACUGAGGCUCUGAUCUUAGCUCCCCCCAGCACCAACAUCCAUGUGAUAUCAUGGGCUUUGUGCAGGAAGAACGAGAGCAGUAUAGGUCUCAAAUUGUUUUGACUCCUCCAGGAAGCCGACACUGAAGGUUCACACUUCUAGGAAUGUGGUUUCCAGUACAUUGUCCCCCACUCACCCCAUUGAAUGCUUCCUUAAGAAGUCUUGCAUUUUUUUUUUUACCAUGGGAAACCAGCAGCCUCCCUUUCACAAACCUCUUGGGGUGAUAAACUCAAAUUGCACUAGAAAAUAGAGGUAAGGGAAGCUAGAAGGACAUUUUGUCCGAUUUGGGCCUCUGCUCUGUAUAUCCAUUGUCCACUGAUGUCCAGAGGGCAGAUUCUGGGAAAUCACUGCCC